AUGUCUCAAUCCAUUCAGAAGGGCGGGUUCUGCCCCCAAUACCGGACGCUGAAAGGAUUGCAGCAGCCAAGGGGCUAUUCAAUGGCGCUCUUGUUGUCUGCGGCUGGUGGUACAAAGACUACCAACCAGUUCGUGCCAAAAAACCUUCCUCUGGCAACGUCCAUGUAUCUUGGCUCAACCAUAUGGUUUAUUGGCGACCUACAUGUAAACCGGAACGUUAGGCUCCUGGGAGCCUGCGUGGGUAUUUGGGUUCCCAAUUACGAUGUUUGUGCGUAUAUACACGCUGGAUCUCAUCUUCAUUCAGAAGAAGCCGGUUCGCGGCUGGCCAUUCUAUGCUCCAAUUGCCGGAUGGUCCCUCUGUGGAUUGGCCUGUUUGCUCAUUGGGCAAUUCCUACCGGAUGUGAGCAGCGAGCGUUUUGUACCCCAGAUCCAGCUGUGCAUUGGUAUUUCGGGUUUGCAGAAGGUUGGGAGACGCUAAUCAUUAUAUUAAUUGGAGUAACGGACGUCAUCCAGGCUACGAUUUUGAACUUGAGUGAUAACCUGUACAUCUUCAGUGCCAGAUCCCGUAUUAUGAGCACUGCAUACAACUCUGAGGUGGCUUUUACAGUUAUUUAGGUUACCCUUGCUGUACCUAUGUACAACGCAUUUUUCAACCACGAUAUAUAUUUGGAGGAGUGGCUCAAUAUGCUAG